AAAUAAAACACAAAUAUAUGAAAAUGUAACAUUUACUAAAUAUUUGUCAAUUGCAAAAAAAAAACAAAAAUAAACCCGCGCUUUAAAAGCGCGGGUCAAAAUCUAGUAUUCUUAUUAAAACUGCAUUCGUUCUCACGGAUGAUAUAUAUCAAAAUGUUAUUUUAGGAACACCAUUUAUUAAUUUGAUCACACCAUAUAAAGUUAUGGAUGAUAAAAUUUCCUUCAAAAAUCAAAAUAUAAAAUUAUCUUUUAAAUUUCUCGAAACACCAAAAAAGCGAAGUCUAAACUUAAUAAAAGCUUGUUCUAUACAAGAAAACUUUCUAAACUCUUUAAUCCAUAAUAAAACCUUCCACCUGGAACAUUUAAAAUCAGAAGUUUUACUUCAAAAAACCUUAGAAACCUUAAAUUCAAAAGAGAUAAAAGAAAAAAUGUCAAACUUAAAUAAGUUAUUUGAGAAAGAAAUUUGUUCAGAUUUACCAACUGCUUUUUGGAAUCGAAAACAACAUAUUGUUGAUUUACUUUAUGAUGAAAAUUUUCUUGAGAAAGAGAUUCCCACAAAAGCUCGUCCAAUUCAAAUGAACUCAGAAUUAGAAAAACAUUGUAGAAAAGAAAUUUCGGAUCUUCUAGAAAAAGGACUAAUUUCAAAAUCAAGAUCUCCUUGGUCUUGUGCUGCUUUUUAUGUAAAUAAAAAUUCUGAAAUUGAAAGAGGAACCCCAAGAUUAGUAAUUAAUUACAAACCUUUAAACACUGCUUUAAAAUGGAUUAGAUAUCCAAUACCAAAUAAAAAAGAUUUACUUCAAAGACUUUACUCUGCCCACAUAUUCCCAAAGUUUGAUCUAAAAUCAGGAUUUUGGCAAAUUCAAAUAUCUGAGAAUGAUCGUUAUAAAACAGCAUUUACAGUCCCUUUUGGUCAGUACCAAUGGAAUGUAAUGCCAUUUGGUUUAAAAAAUGCACCUUCUGAAUUUUAAAGAAUCAUGAAUGAUAUAUUCUCUGAUUAUUCAAAAUUUUGCAUUGUCUACAUUGAUGAUAUACUAAUAUUUUCACAUUCUAUUGAUGAACAUUUCAAAAAUCUCAAAACAUUCUAUUACGUUGCUAGAAAGAAUGGUCUUGUUGUUUCCAAAACAAAAAUGUCCCUAUUUCAAACAAAGAUCAGAUUUUUAGGUCAUUACAUAUCACAAGGUAUGAUAACCCCUAUUGAAAGAUCUUUAGAAUUUGCAAGUAAAUUCCCAGAUAAAAUUAUUGAUAAAACUCAAUUACAAAGGUUUCUUGGAAGUCUCAAUUAUGUUUUAGAUUUCUUUCCUAAUAUAAAUAGAAUAGCUAAACCUUUGCACAAUCGUCUAAAGAAAAAUCCAGUUCCUUGGACAAAAGAACAUACUGAAAUAGUUCAAAGGAUUAAAAAACAGGUCUUAGAAAUCUCAUGUCUGCACAUAGCAGAUCCGGAUUUAGAGAAAAUCGUAGAAACAGAUGCUUCUGAUAUAGGAUAUGGGGUAUUCUUAAACAAAAGAAGCUAGAUGGUCGCGAAAGUAUUGUGCAAUUUACGUCAUCACACUGGAACGACACCCAAAAGAACUAUUCUACUAUUAAAAAGGAAAUCUUGAGUAUAGUUUUAUGUAUUCAAAAAUUUCAAAGCGAUCUUUUAAAUAAAAAAUUUCUUUUAAGAAUUGAUUGCAAAAGUGCUAAGGAUGUUUUACAAAAGGAUGUGAAAAACCUUGCAUCAAAACAAAUUUUUGCGCGAUGGCAAGCGAUUUUGAGUAUUUUUUAUUUUGAAAUUGAAUUUAUAAAAGGAGAUUCAAACUUUGUCCCAGAUUUUUUGACAAGAGAAUUUCUCCAAAACAGGUACAAUGCCCCCAAAGAAGAUAAUUGACAAAGGCAAGGGAAUGUCCCUGGAACCAAUCUCAGAAAAACCCGAACCUACAAACACUAGCCCAAAAACAGAACCCUGGAUCUCAGUAACAAAAAAGAGUGCUAAAAAUGAAGAAAUACCAACCACCCUAAAAUCUCUCCAAUCUCCAUAAGCUAUCAUGAAUCAAAUGUUACAAUUGCAAAAAGCUUUCGAGCUUAGUUUUUCAAAGCAAGAGUCGGGAGAAUCUUCCAAAAACCUUCCUUCUCAAGCUAUUUCAAAAAAUAACAAGGUCCCUUCAAAAAUGAUUUCAAGAGAAAACCAUACCUCAAAAAUUGUUUCAAAACCUUCAAAUAAUUCACAAAUUAUUUUGAAGCAGAUUUCCCAAACCACUCCAUCAGAGUAUUUUGAAAAACACACAUACCAAAAUAUUAUAAAUAUCGAAAAGGGAUUUUUUGUGAACAAUGAUCCGUUUUUAACAAUCGAAAAAUAUUUUGGCAAAAACAAUUUCUUUAAACCACAUAAUACAGAUAAAACUGUGUUAUUCUUUCAAACCAUUUUGGAAAUUACAGAUUCAGUGUCCUUCAAACAUUUUUAUCUAAACGAAAACCACACUGAUGCUGCUUAUUCCACAUUCAAAAUCCAUAAAAUCAUUGCGCCAUGUGAUUGGGAAUAUGAUCUUAACGACAAUCUAAAUUUUCCAGAAGAUCUUAAAAAUCUCCCUUGUUACAAUGUCCCCUUUAACUAUUGGGAUUAUUGCCAAGCAUGGUGCAAUUCCUUUUUGAUCCAAUCUCCUAAACACAAACACAUGUGGUUGAUCUUCUUUGACACCACCUGUAACUUAUCCAAAUCUCCCUAUUGGUUCAUACCAUGGUGGAACUACUUUGGUUCUGUCACAGAAAUAUUUAAACCCAAUAUCCAAAAAUCAUUCCAAAUCUUCAAGACAAAUUUCAUUCCGUCUGAAGAAGAAAAGAAAUUUCCCCCACUAGCCCUCUUCCACUCAAAAUUUCAUUUUCCUUGGGUUUUUUCAUGGACUCUAGAAUUUACUUCUGAUCCAAUUCCUGUUAUCCGAAGAAAAUUCAGAGUCAAGUGGUGGGAUAAAUACAAAAUUCCCUCAAACCUUUACCUGUCAAAUAUUCUUACCUGGAUAAAAGAACAAAACUCAAAAAUCCAAACACUUAACCAAACACAGAACCAAACACCAGAGACAACCUUUUUCUUGGCUCAAAAAUCCAAAAUGUUAGCAAUGUUGGCAGGUGCAAAAUCUGAAGAAGAAAUUAAGGCUAUCUCCUUACAAUUUCUACCGUCAAUGUCAAAUCAAAUCUCUCGUACUUCAGGGAGUGAUUCAGGGUCCCAAGUACCAGACAUCGAUGAAGAAAUUUUCGGCAACAGUGGAGUUUAAAUCUCUCUCCCCAAGAAAUGCAAAUCUCCUCAAAAUCCAAAACAUAUCUUUGUUGCAACUCUGUCAGAUACGGUUACAUUGUUACAAAUAUUUUCCACGAUCUCUUGUCGCAAUACUCGAUAAAAAUCAAAACAUCAAAUAAGUGCUUUCUCCUGUAGCCAUGAAGACCAAGGUCCACUUCCAGCAGACAGCAAACAAUUAUGGAGCUUAAUGGAGCAAGCUUUUGCUAGUGGAGUUAUCCAUAUUUGCCACUUUUAUUUUUAUUUUUAUUUUUUAUUUUCAUAAUUUCACCCUUGUAAACUCCUAUAUAAAGGAGUCUUUGCUUCAGUUGUAAACCAAGUUCUCAUUCUCCCAUUCUUCUACUCUUUCAUUUAUAUCCCCUCUUACAUUCUCUCCAGUCCUUGUAAUCGAGAACAUUGCUACAAUCUCUUUUUAAAAGAAAGUUGAAAGAGAAUUUGAAGAUUGAAGGAAGAUUUGAAAGCCGAAGGAGAUAUAAAAACAGAAACAAUGAAGAAUAAGAAAAGUGGACAUUUUUUGGGUGAAGCGAAGAAGAACGAAGAGGAGAUCAAGGAAAAACAUAAAGAAGAAUGAAAAGAAGAGAAAAUCUAAAAUAAAAUGAAAAAAAGGAUCCGAGUAGAAACAAGAGAAAAAAUGAAAAGGAUGAAGAAGAAAGAAAAGAACAGUGAAGGAAGAGAUGGAGAAAAUAGUGUGAAUAGAUAGAGAAUAUGAAUUAGGUUUAGAUGCAGAUAAUAUGAAUAAGUGAAAUAAUUAAGGGUUGGAAAUGUAUUUUUUAACGCUGGAUAACUAUAAUAUUACAAAGUUUAAAAAUAUUAUCAAUGACCCACUACAAGAAAACAAGCCUAUAACAAGGAAAAAGGUUCCGAGUAAAUUUAUGAGUAAAUUGCUACGACUUCACGAUGGAAUAUGAUUUCGUCGUAAAUUUGUAGUAAAGUUACAAUGGAAUAUGAUUUCGUCGUAAAUUACUAUGAUUUUACGAUGGCUCUUGAGGGUGUGGCGGCUGGAUCAGGUCUAUCCAUCUCUGCCCUACCUAUUAAGUACGUUAGCCUCCCUCUCACUACAAAGGUCAUGACCCGUAGUGACUAUGAACCUCUCACAACAAAGAUAAGGAACCGUCUCCUGUCAUGGACGAGUAAAGCCUUGUCCUACGCGGGAAGGUUACUUCUCAUCAAGUCAGUCAUAGCAAGUAUCACGAACUUCUGGUGUGCUGCAUUUUGUCUCCCACAGAGCUGUAUUGAUGAUAUUGAAAGCAUGUGUUCGGCCUUUAUCUGGAGUGGAUCACCUAACAUAACGUCUAGGGAUUCGACGCAUCAAGGAGGUGAGCAGUACUGUAUUCUCUCUGAAGCUUAUCUGGCACCUUUUUUCCAAACCAAAGUCAUUGUGGGUCAUCUGGGUCAAAAGGUUCUUACUGCGAGAAGAGACCUUCUGGGAUGCAAGGGAUUGAGGGCUAGGGUCUUGGGCAUGGCGUAAGUUGUUGAGAUUUCGGUCCUUGGCUAAAGAGUUCCUAUUAAUGGAAUUUAAGGAUGGUCGAACUGUGCGGUUUUGGUCUGAUAAGUGGCUUUCUAAGGGUCGUCUCAUUGAGAUUGCUGAUGAAAUUGGCAUGCAAAAGUUGGGUAUUAGUAGGGAGACAAGGAUCUGUGAUGUUCUUCGUGAUGAUGAAUGGAGAUUCCGUAGAUGUCGAGAAAGACAAAUCCAGAGCUUGGUAGCUGAGAUUCAAGGGUUUCAACGUAAACUAACUGAUGGAAAAGCUGGUAUUGUUGACUUUGGCACCACAUUUGUCUCCACAGAAACUUGGAAUCAAAUCAGGCAGCAGAAGGAGAAAGUUUUGUGGAGUAAAAUUGUGUGGUUUCCUCAAGGUGUUCCACGUUUUGGGUUUAUCCCUUGGCUUGCAAUCAGAGAUAGGCUCUCCACUGGUCACCGCUCUAGUGUUUGGGGCCAGCCGCAACACUGCCUCUACUCUGGUGAGCUUGAUGAGACUAAGGAUCACCUUUUUUUUGCUUGUCCUUACACCUUCACGCUCUGGCUGAAGACGGUAGGUAACCUGCUCGGGACUGAUCCAGACCCUGACUUGAAUACCACACUGUCUACACUGAUGACAGGAUCCUACGAUCGCCUCACAUUCAUUCUUCUGAGACUGGUCUUGCAAGCCACUAUCUAGUACAUCUGGCGAGAACGCAAUGAGAGGAAACAUCAUACAGUAGUAAAACAGCCGACCAGCUUGCUAAGAUGAUCGACAUGACUGUUCGGAAUCGUAUUACUUCUACCAAUUACUCCACCAACCCGAGGUUACAUAGUUUGAUGCAAAGAUGGUUUGAGACUCAUGUUUAAGAUUCUAGCAAUAGUUCCAUUAAAAUUCAGUCUUUAAACUCAUUAUAGUUGUACAUAUAUUCUUUUGCCAUGAUAAAUAAAUUUGAAAUUUGAUCCCAAAAAAAAGUUACGAGGAAAUAGGUUCUUCGUAAUGUACGUCUAAAAUUACGUCUAAUGUACGAGGAAAGAGAAGAUUCGUUGUAAGGUUCUUGAUAAUUACAAGGUUUUGCGACAAAAUAUGUUACCAUUAUUUUUGGUGGAAACAUGUUAUAAGGGUGCUUUACCAAAUUCUUGAAGUUGUAAAGUAUAUGUUAAAGAGUUGUAAUACAAUAGUAAAUUUUUUCCUUGUAUAUCCAUUGUUAUAUCUUCACCUACCAAACUCGAAACAUUUCCUAUAAAUAUAUAUACAUUCUCAUGACAAAGAAACACACAAAAGAAAAAAAAAUCAAGAAAAAAAAAUAUCAGAUGAUAUAAAUAUUUACAAGUUAUCGAGUUGGAUGUAUACGCACAAUGAUUCAGCCGAUGAAGUGAUGAAUGCUUUUUUCAACGGGCUGGAGACAUUCAUGUAUCAGGCGGGCUUUACAACGAUCACUCAGGAAAGCAAUAAGAUGUUAUGUCCUUCUCGAAAGUGCAAUUAUAUAAAAUUUGCUCGUAGUGAAAAUGUAUGGAAGCAUUUAGUCAACAUAGGUUUUUCAUCUCAAUACUAUAUUUGGUUUCAAUAUGGAGAGGGUUAUGGUGGAAAAUAGCUAGUAGUAGUAAUAGUAGUUUUCAGGAUGCAUGUAAUAAUGAAGAACCAAAUCAUUUGAAUAAUUAAAUAGUUACCAUCAUGAAGAGCAGAUGGUAGAUCAUGAUAGGGUUCAUGACAUGAUUAUUGAUGCAAUUUUUUAGAAAAUACUGCAACAAUAGGUGAUAAAACUGGAAAUGUUGAAGAACGUAACUUGAAUGCAAAAAGGUUUUAAGAAAUGUUUGAUGCUGCAACUCAACCAUUCUACACUGGUUCUAGAGAAGCUGCCUCUAAAUUAUCUCUAGCAACUAGGAUGAUUAAUAUUAAGAUGGAUCAUAAUUACCUGAGAAUUGCAUGGAUGCAUAAGCGGAAUUGCUUAAAGAGUAUUUGCCAGAAAAAACGUGUCAGCUGAAUCUUUUUAUGAGACUCAUAAAUUAGUUUAUAGUCUUGGGUUGCCUUUUAAGAUGAUAGAUGUUUACAUUGACAACUGCAUGAUCUACUGGAGAGACAAUGAGAAGCUAAAAGCCACGAUUCAAACCGCAAGGACGUGGAAGAAUAGGGGUACUGUACCAAAGGAUGUGGUACCCACCAGUUACAAACAUGUUAAAAAUAUUAUAUCAAUCUGAGAGGACUGCUAGAGCGAUGAGAUGGCAUGCUUAACAUAUCAAGAGGGAUGGCGAGGUCUCUUUGUUGGGAUUGUGAAAUCCCAUGUCCAACUCUAUCUUAUCUUAUUAGUACGAUAUUGUCCACUUUGGACCUAAUAUACAAGCCUGCAUGGAUUUACUUUUGGUUUCCUUCCGAAAAGGCCUCAUACUAUUAGAGUUGGACUUCUAUUUAUAUAUUAGAUUUUCCUUUGUCUAAUAUCCGAUGUGGGACUUAGAUUGAGAUCUCUCAUUCUUCUCCUCAAGCCAAGGAUCACAUCCAUCUCGUGUGUUUCCUUCGGCGAAUCAUCUUUGGCACCACCUUGUACCGGUAAUCGCAGGGCUUUCUUUGAGAAUAUUUCUCCCACUACAUCACAGGUUUCAUGAUCUUCUGCCAAACCUCCUUUUUCUUCCUUAUCCCGUUCUUACUUAAUGGGUAUUUUUGGUCUUCUUGCAGAUCUUCGUCAAACCUGGCUCUGAUACCAAUUGUUGGGAUUGUAAAAUCCCAUGUCCAACUCUAUCUUAUCUUAUUAAUACGAUAUUGUCCACUUUGGACCUAAUAUACAAGUCCGCAUGGAUUUACUUUUGGUUUCCUUUCCAAAACGCCUCGUACUAUUAGAGUAGGACUUCUCUUUAUAUAUUAGAUUUUUUCUUUGUCUAAUGUCCGACGUGGGACUUAGAUUGACAUCUCUCACUCUUAUCCAUCAGAUGCUAGAGCGUGGAAACAUUUUAACACGGUACACCCAUAUUUCAUUAGAAAUAUUCCGAAUGUCUAUUGGGUUAUGCACAAAUGUAUUUAUUCCAUUUGGAAUGUCUAAGAGAGAAUAUUAUUUUUGGCCAGUCAUUCUUACGCCGUACAACCUGCCACCUGAGAUGUGUAUGGAACAAGAAUUUAUAUUCUAGAUUAUAUUAGUCGUUUGUCUGAAGCAUCCAAAACGGUUGUUAGAUGUUUUUCUUCACCAUUGAUACAAGAGCUGAAGGACUUGUCGUUAGCAGGGGUGAGGACGUAUGAUUGUUCUAUGAAAAACAAUUUUAUGAUGCGAGCAGUUAUGAUGUGGACUAUAAGUGAAUUUCCUGCUUACAGGAUGCUGUCUAGAUUGACAACACAUAGAAGGUUAUCUUGUCCCUAUUGUCUUGGAAUGACAUAUGCUUUUCAACUAAAGAAUUGUAGAAAGACAUGUUGGCUUGAUUGUCAUCAUUGAUUUCUUCCUCUUUCCCAUCUGUACCGAAGAAACAAGACCUAGUUUAGGUGCAAAAGAGUUGACAGAGACAAUACUCCUCCCUAUUAAAGUGGAGAACAAACCGAAAAAAACAUUGAUUACCACAGAGCUCAAGAAACAGUUUGGCAUGGAGGAAAUUGACAUGUUCCUGGAAAUAUGUCUGAUGAGUAUAGGGUAUCUCAUAAUUGUCACAUGAAUAGUAUAUUAUAGGAGCUAUCUUACUGGAAGGAUCUUCUUUUGCGCCACAACCUCGAAAUGAAGCAUAUAUAGAAUAAUUUUUUUAGACAACAUCAUGAAUAUAAUACUAAACGUCCAAGGAAAGAUAAAAGACAUAAAAAAGUCAAGGUUUGACUUACCUGAUAUUUUCUCAAGAAGUGAGUUACAUAUCAAGAGCAAUGGAAAGGUUCCAAGUCCCAUCUUCUGGUUUUCUUCAGAAGCAAAGACAACGUUGUUCAACUAGGUAGUAUCAGACCUGAAGCUUUUGAUUGUUAUGUUUCGAAUCUCUGAAGAUAUGUUAAACAAGAUCAAAAGUUCUCAGGAGUGAAGAGUCAUGAUUGUCAUGUGUUUAUGCAACGACUACUUCUAUUCGUUGUUUCUUUGCUGCUUCCAACAAAUGGGCAUGAAGCACUUGAAAGUAAAAAUUGCUGAUAAAAUAAUAUAUAUGAUAUGAUAUGUUAUAAAUGCAUUUUUUUUCUUUGCAAUAUACAACCAUUGGAGAAUUCUUUAGGGACCUGAGCACACAUACGUUCAAGGAAGAUGUCAUCAAACAACUUCAUAAGAACAUUCAGAUCUUAUUGUGCAACCUAAAGAAGAUAUUUCCUCCUGCAUUUUUGACGUCAUGGAACAUCUAGUUGACCACCUCCUAUACGAGACAUUUUUUAAUGGACUUGUUCAUUACAGAUGGAUGUAUAUGUAUGAGCACUCCAUGAAACAUUUGAAAGGAAAACCAUAAAAACUUGCAAAAGUGGAAGGGUCAAUAGUUGUUGGGAGUUUGAUAGCAGAAACAUCUCACUUCAUAUCAUACUACUUUGCACCAAUAGUUCGUAUGAGAAAAAAAGUUCCUUGAAGAUAUGAAGAUGGUGGACUCGAGCCAACAUAUGUAGUUGACGGUGUUGCCGAAUUUUUCUACCAAAUUGGGCGGGUUGGUGGUAAAUUGAAAGAAGUAUGGUGGUCUAGUGAAGAGGAUAUGCAUAUACCCACACUUAUAUUCUGCUCCACUGCAGGGAUGUAGUGACAUGUUUGUUGGAAAGGUAAAUAUUGUAUAAGUGUAUUACAUAUAUUUAACCGACUGCAGUGUGUAUCUUAAUUAUAAAUUAUUAUUUUGCAGCUUGUUUGGAACGCAAGUUGAAGAAGAAAUACCAGAAAUAUCCGCAAUUGAGCUGGACCAUCGAAAAUAUCAACACUUUUUCAAGUGGUUGAAGUCUUAAGUACUACAAGAUAUUGACCCAUGCGGGUGCGCAGAUAUUGGUUUUACAUUUUUAUAGAUUAAUAUUUUUUUUCAUAAUUAGUGUUAUAUAUUUUAGAUGGAUCGUAAUAUAACUAAUUAUAUUAAAAAAACCUUGAACGAAUCAGGUAAUAUGGUUAUUUUCGGUACAAAUAUCCGAACCCGUUUCAGAUACAUUUGUUAUUUAGAUAUUUUUAGGUUUAUAUAAAUCAGAACCAAACUCAUCUUGACCUAGAAGGACUCAACCCAAAACCCACACAUAAAUUUAUAAUAUUCAUAAUCGUGGCCUAAUUUCAAAAAAUAAUAAUAAUGAUACCCAAAAAGAACAACCAGUACCUAAAUAGAUAGCCAAUAUUCAUGCCUAACUGAUUUUAUAAACUUAUAAAAUGACUCUUUUUAUGUGUAUGGCUAAAUUAAGUGAAAUAGAAGAACUUUUAUUUAGUAAAAUAAUUAUAUGAAGUGAAAAAUUAAUUGAAAAUAAAUGUAAUACAUUUUUAUUAUUUUGAAUUAAGUUAUUAUUUUGUUCACAAAAACAUGUCUUGGAAUUAUGUUUUUGGCUAUGCAAUUUUUCACCGAUUGAAACUAAAAUAUAAAAAAAGUUUUAGUAAAACAAAAUAAACGGAAUUUUUGACCACAUGAAAAACCCAGUUAUUUUACAUUUUUUAUUUUAUAACUGGCACAAAGUUAAUGUUGAUUAACUAAUAAAUAAAAUUUGCACUAUUAUUAUUAUUAUGAAAAUUUAAUUAAUGAUGUGAUGUACUGUUAAGGUAAUAUAAUUAAUAAAAUUGUUAAACUAAAUUAAAUAUGAAAAUACAAUUAAUGUAAUUAUAUUAAUAAAAUUACUAAAAAGGACAAUAUAUUUUUUUUAUACUGCUAUAACAUGUUUCCUAACAAUUCUCAUUUAUACUAAUAUCCAUAUUUCUAAACAUUACCAAAAGUUACUUUAGUUUUAAUAAUAACUCAAAUAAUAACAUUGUAAAAUGGUAAACACUUAAAUAUAAUACGCAAUUUUAACGUUGUUAUUUUUAUGUAGGUUGAUUAUGAUGAUCCAUAUUACUGUUUGUUUCACGAUUUCGUCAACGGUCCAGUAGCGAAGGUCACCUGAUAUACCAUGUAUUUUACCUCUUUUAAACCAUGGUAUAUGACCUAUUUAGAGUCUACUAUAUGUGUUUGCAGUUUGUUUUAGAGUAUUUUCAGGUUCACCAACGUUUUGGAGAACUUCAGUGAUUUUGGAGCUUUUUGAGGUGCAAAACUGCACAUAUGCGUCAGAUGUUUAUUUAUGGAUGGAGGCCUUCCCACGGUGCGAUUGAGCUGAUAUUUUGACACAAGACAUAGCUUUGAGUUAGAUUUCCAAUGCGUCCGGUUAUCCAUGUGAUGGUUAGAUCUAAAGUUAUGACCGUUUUACUGAAGAGUUUGGUCUUUCUCAUUCGCGAGAGGAAGCUGUCGAGGAGAUGAAGGAGUGCCGAUCAUUGACAGACCCUUGGUGUGGAUCAAUGGUGAUGAAAGAAGCUGGGCCGAGCAUAUUUCAAGACCGACUUAGGCCCAUAAGUCACCACAAAUUACUAGAAUGACCGUGGACGACUAAAAAUUCUAUUUAUAUGUUUCCCAAGCCAUUAUUGACGGCUACGCUUUCUAUAAUUUGUUUUAUUCUUUGUUUUAGGGUUGGAGAGAAAGAUUAGAACUCCUUCAGAGUUGAUUUAGAACCCAAUUGGUUUUGUCAUUGAUUUUUUUUUCAUUCAGACUAUGUUUUGUGUUUCUUCUAUCAUGUCUGAGUAAUCAUCCUGCUAGAUUUGGACAUUCCAUGAGCUAAUUAAUGUCAAAACGAUAUUCUAUUAGGAUUGCUAGGGUUGUUUAUAGAUCUCUACGCCAGGGUAGCUUGUAAUACUAGGAUCUAGAAUAGUUGAAAAAGCACGAGAGUGUGACUGAUUAUUUGAACCUUGAAUAACAGGACAGUUGAUAGGCAUGAUAGUGCAACAGAACCUGAAUCCUGUUGGAUUAAAUAUAUAGGCGCAUACAACAGUUGGGCUAGGAUUUAGUUGAACCUUAUUGAUUGAGCGUUAAUGCUUGUCUGAAGUAGUGUCGAUCAACACUCAACCAUUAGUUUGAUCAUCACUCACUCCUUGUUCACAUGCGAGAGCUGAAACAUAGGAUUCAAAUAUCUGAUUAGUAAUUUCAUGCGAGAGCUGGAUUACUUCCUUAUUGAAUUCGAGUUCUAUAGUUAAAGCUAUAAAACCCUUAGCAUCCUUGAAUUGCAGUUUUGAAUCUUUUGAUUGAUAAUCCCUAGAUCUAGAGCUUUCUCCUAUAAAUUUAAACUGUUCUAUUUACUUACUGCUUGUUUACUGUUUUAAUUGCCUAGCUUAACCUUGAUUUCUAAAGUCUAUUGUCUGCCCACGUUCCAUAUAAAUUCGAUCCCUAAGUAGUAAAACUGAACCUCUUAUUUGAGAGAGUAAAGUUGCUCAAAGGGUAAUUUGAAAGAUAUCAUCACCACAUCACCUAUGUAUUUCACACGAGGUUUUACCUUUCAUGCAUACGAGUAUGGGAGACAGCGGGCAAAAAGUAACUUCAUAAUAUGUGUGAAACGC